AUGCGUGCGAAGGGAUUGCAUUGGGCAAGCACAGUUGAAAGGUUUUCUAUAACCUCAUUGUCCAGAUUUUCAUUUCAUGUGACCCGAAAGGGCCUUUCCCCAAGCCAACGAACAGCUCCAGUCACUCUACAGUUGAUACCAGAGAUUAGCCGCAUUACCUUUGGGCCUCGCGACGAUCUAUCUACCUUGGGAUUUCAGAUGUCAGCAUUUAAUAGAUUUGACAACGCCUCCUUUUGGAUACCCUCAUGUGCUCAUUGGACAAUCCCAAACUCUACGCAGAAAUCCAAUACAGUACCUAUUCCGAUUGUCGAAGCAUCUCCUGGUCAGCUCCGUUUUUUAUGGCACAAAGGCUUCGAUCUGCUAAUACAACUAUAUCAUCCGCCUUUGACCCUACCUCAUUCGCUGCUUCUUCAAUUCCAGUACUGGCAAACUUUUUGGUUCCUGAUGAUACCUCCCAAGGUCUUCACACCAUGGUUUCGCCUGCUAUAUGGCUAUAUCCCAACGGCUGCUUUACAGCAUGCUUGGAAUCCCAGUGUGACCGUCUCUACAUUGUAUAGACUCUGCCAACAAGACACUGAGACAAGCUUCGAUCUCUUUGUGAAUUGCCCUCUCAAGUUCAAUUUUUAG